GAGCGAGCGCUGUGAGAAAAGCUUCCUGUUAGUGAUGCGCGUGCAUGUUCAUCUGUGCCUCCUGUAAUAGGCUUUGGCGUGCAGCUUUUAUAGGAAUGUAUAGACGUACUUUUGUGGGCAUUGCAGCAUUGAUUUUUAACAUUGUAUAAAUUAUAGGAGGAACAUAGGAGGCUUUCGGUCUGGGUAGCCUGGGGCGCUGGUGCAUACUGGGCAAGGGGAUUCGCACUCAAAUCGUAAUUGAACAUUUGAACUGGUUGUAUCGCCCUGGAACAUAGUACUCACAUGCUGUUUAAUGGUCCUUCCUUCUGGGCUAUAACGCUGCAUUAUAGAAGCGCCUGGGACCGCACGAUCACGAUCACGCGCGCGCGCGCACGCGGACGCACACACAAAUAGACACACACCGCUCACGGCAGGGUUUGACUAGACGCGAAAUGAGUCGCACACCCCAAUCCUGCGCGGCGUGACACCGCGUUAUCAGCCGGCAUCCCCACUGAUCGCGGCCAUCUGCGGCUUUUUUGGAGCUGAAGGCGCGCGGACGGCGGCAGCCAUGUCGGACCUGGAGCGGAGCAGCUCCGUGUCCAAGAAGACUAUGAUCACCGAGCAUUUCCGAGUACGCAAGAGGAGGGAGAUGCUCCUGGCGCAAGUGUGUGUUGUGUGCGGAGUGCUGCUGGCGGCCUGGUGCAUGUCAGCGCUCCUCAGCAAAACAGGUCAUGGAAUUAUGGUACAGAAGCACCUUGCAGGGCCAAAAGACCAUCUGGGCCGUAGACUAAUGGCCACUGAAGAAGACAAUGAGACCAUAGAGAAGAACUGUUCUGAACCAGGCAUCCAUGAGUUCCCUCAGGAUAUUUUCACAAACUACGAAAGAACACGAGGAGCUGUCUUUCUACACAUAUUUGCUGCUGUCUACAUGUUCCUGGCUCUAGCAAUUGUGUGUGAUGACUACUUUGUUACAUCGCUGGAGAAGAUUUGUGAAAAACUGCAUCUAAGUGAGGAUGUAGCUGGUGCAACAUUUAUGGCUGCUGGAAGCUCAGCUCCUGAGCUUUUUGCCUCCAUCAUUGGUGUGUUCAUCACACAUGGAGAUGUGGGAGUGGGAACGAUCGUGGGCUCAGCUGUCUUCAACAUUCUCUGCAUCAUUGGUGUUUGUGGAAUCUUUGCUGGACAGGUUGUCUUUCUUACCAAGUAUUCUGUGUUUCGGGACUCUAUUUACUACACACUGUCUGUUGUAGCACUUAUAGUGUUCAUCUAUGAUGGGCAGAUUAUGUGGUGGGAGAGUCUGGUGCUCAUGGUCAUGUAUGCUGGCUACAUAAUCAUUAUGAAGUUUAACACCAGUAUUCAGAAUUACUUUUCUGGGCAAGACGAUAAGGGUGUUGUCAACGGUAAUGCAGGGAUCAGUGAGCUGGAGGACGGUAAUACAUAUUAUGAGCAGUAUUGGGAUGAUCCCUCUUGGCCAUUACUCAGCUCAGUAAAACCCAAUAAGAUGUACACUCGUGGCUCAGUUGUGAUGGUGGAUGAAAUGAUGAACUCCAGUCCUCCAAACUACCGCUUUCCAGAGGCCGGCCUCAGAGUCAUGAUCACUAACCAUUUUGGACCUAAAACCCGUCUGCGAAUGGCGAGCCGGCUCAUCAUUAAUGAGCAACAGCGGCUAAUGCAGGCCUCUAAUGGACUAGAAAGCACACUUGUGGCUGAUGGGAGGGCAGAAACGAUGGAGAACGGCUGCGUACCAGAGGACAAAUUAUCAGAGGAUGAGGAUACUGAGCUGUUCUCACCCUUCACCAUGCCUGGGGGCACAAUGAACAGAGUGAAGUUCAUCUUUUCAUGGCCUAUACUGGUGUUACUGUACUUCACCGUGCCGAACUGUGGGAAGCCACGCUGGGAGAAUUUCUUUAUGCUCUCCUUUUUUCUUUCCACUCUGUGGAUCGCUGUCUUCUCCUACUUCAUGGUCUGGAUGGUGACCAUUAUUGGAUACACAUUGGGAAUACCUGAUGUUAUCAUGGGCAUCACUUUUCUUGCAGCCGGCACUAGUGUUCCAGACUGUAUAGCGAGCCUUAUAGUUGCUCGACAAGGCUUAGGAGAUAUGGCUGUCUCCAAUACAAUCGGCAGUAACGUCUUUGAUAUCCUGGUUGGGCUCGGUGUUCCCUGGGGCAUCAUGACGAUGGCUGUCAACUAUGGAUCUGUGGUGAAAAUCAACAGUAGAGGAUUGGUGUAUUCUGUGGUGCUGCUUUUGGGCUCAGUGGCUUUGACUGUCCUGGGGAUCCAUGUCAACAGAUGGAAGCUGGACUCAAAGCUGGGCGUGUAUGUGCUGCUGCUGUAUGCCGUCUUCCUGUGCUUCUCCAUCUUAAUCGAGUACAACAUUUUUACCUUUGUAAAUUUGCCCAUGUGUCAGGAGAUCUGAAAAGUUUUGUUUCCUGAAUCACAUCUAGACUGGACCUACCGCCCACAGACCCUUAUCACAUUUACAGUUACAUUUUUUAUUUUAUUUUUUAUUUACAUUUUAUUGUUGCUGAAAGCCAACAUGUCCCACAUCAUGUGUUUGUUGCAGUCAAAGACAUAACAUUCUGCUGUAUCUGUCCAUGGAGACAAGGGUUCAGUUCUCUGUCCUGGAUUUCAGACAAUUGUAUUUAUAUGUCUUUGGCACUCACUCCGACUGGACUUUCUCACCUUAGCAGCAUAGCAUGUCUAAAUUGGACCUUCAUGGGCUAUGUCUAUAUACACAGGAAAAAGAGGAAUGCUGCAACAGUGCAAUGCAUUAUAUUUACGCUCUCUUUUCUCUGGUCUUCCCUGGAAGAAAAAUUCAAAUGAACCAUGCACUUUAGACAUAUAGGGUGAAGACUCUUGGUCACACUAUGAUUGCAGUAAGGAAAGACCUCAGCUCUAUUCUGCUGUAAUGCAAUAAGGAGCAAUAAAGACAGAAGCAUUGUUAAAUGGCAGUGAUACAUGAGAGAUUUGGGGUUUUGAAGCGGAAAGAGAUUUCUGAUUUUUUUUUUUUGUGAAGGCAGCAGUGCAAUACCGUAGGACUGUGACAGCAACAUGUGUGAACAGAGACAUCACAUGCAGCUCAUCAGUGAGUCCUGUUGUGGAAUCUCCAUUCUUUAUUAAGUAGGAGUUUCUGUCUGCUCAUGGCUUCUGCACAUCAACACAGUCAAGGACUUUAUAAAGUCAGAAAGAACCAGUCAAAUUUAUUCAAACUGGGUGGUGUGAAAGACAAAUAUCAGAAUUUACAGACGAGUUCUCAAACACAGAUAUUACUGUUGCAUUUAUAGUUUAUAUGUAAAUAUGGCAUCUUUUAUUCGAACCAGUGCUUCCUUCCAGGUACAGGGGAGGAGGAGUGGAUGCACAUCCAUGACUGGCAUGGUCACUUUUUUUCUCCUCUUCUUUUCUGGGCCAUUCACUCCAUCUCCCCUUUCUGGCGCUCUGUACUGUUUGUGUGUGAUGCAUAAUUCGAUGCAGCAAACCUCCCUAUAUGGCAGCUACCACUCCAUUCUGCACCAAACCCAAGAGGCUCAGGAGAUCUUAACCUGUGUAAAGGGCAGAUGUGUUUGUGUCUGUGUCUGUCAGUUGUGGAAAUGUCAGGUGUUGUCGUUCAGUGGUGGCGUUGCCGUUAUUCGCGUGGAAAGGCAGGCGUGUGCAGUGUGUCGAUGUUUGCAGUAUAUAAGGACAUAUGCAAUCUCAGUAAGUAAAAAAACUGUAACCAGUAGGCUGUAAAAGGAAGGGCUGGUUAUAUUUGAAUACCCUCGUUGCUCAAGCAUGCAAAUAUCCAUACUCUUCAUUAUUAGUGCUACAAGGAAUGGCACUUUCUUUGUACAUGCUGUGUGCUGUGCAGUACGGUGGUGUGACGUGAUUUAUUUGAAUUUUUUUUUUCAAUAUAAUGUGUUGAAAUUGUUUCAAGCUUUGUUUCAAGUGUUUUGAGGAAGAGAAGGAAUUACAAAAAUAUACUUAUUUGUUGAUUUGCUUCACUUUCUACUAUGGGAUUAAUUGUUUAUGGACAUAUAUGCAAAAAAUGUUCCUAUUUUGUUAUUGAGCCAAUAUUUUGGUCAUUUUAUUGUAACAGCAAGUAGGCUACUAUAUUACAUAUAUUAAUUAAGAAAAAUCAUACCAAAUCACUGUAAAUAAUACAUUUGUACAAUCAAAAUUGAAGUCAAUUGUUCCUGUGGCAUGUCUGUUAUUAUAAGAGUGGUUAUUAUUACUACAUUUUAACAGAAAGAGCAGUAUUUUUGACUCUUAGCUGUAUUUUAUAAACUGUGCACAGCCACCUGAGUGACCAGAUUAGUGUUUUCUUCCUUUCGGGGGUAAUGAUCACUCAGGGGGCGGCUCUGUAUGCACAGGAAACCCCACUGUAUACCUUUUCAGGAAAAAACACUUUGGAGUUGAAUGAAGAUAUUUUACAGUACAUUUAUUUUUCCUGCAUGUUGGUGCACACAUAAAGGACACAUGCACUCACUUUUGUUCACACAUACAUGUGCAAUCUUAUUUCACAGUAGACUGUGACCUGCUGCACUGUGGAGGAAGAAAAGCUGUGCUGGAUCGUUUUCCAAGCCGCUGAAUUUAAAAAGAUUUAAAAGCUUAAAAGAUACUGUAUAACAACAGUGUUUAGCUUGAAUGUAUUGUCUUGCUAUAAAUGGAUGUAUCCAACCAAUGCAUUUUAUUGUGAAGCAAUAAACUAUUCAAAAUAUUAUCAUU